GAGAAAGAUAAGAUAAUAAGAUAUGGGUCUAUUGUCUUAUUCUUUCUAUAUCUUGAGACUUGAUGAUGAUGUCGUCAGUGUCUCUGAAAAAUCCCCAUAAGAAAGCAUUAGACAAGCAUAAAGCUUUUCCUGGAAGCAGAACCAAAAAGUUGGUCUCUAAGUUUUUGGGCAAGGGCUUCCAUUUUUUUAUGUUUGAUAUUCAUGGAAAGGUAGUUUCCCAAAUAAGGCAACUGGUUUUAUUUUAUAUUUUUUUGGAGUGAACAAAGCUUUUGGCGUCUCAGACAAGGAAACCGAAGAAAAUAGGGACCUUGGUUUGAGUUUGUGAGCAACCUGCAACGUACAGAAUCAUUUGCCUUGCCUGGUAAGAAGAUGAUGAUGAUGGUUCAUCGUGAUAAUCACCGUCGUCCAUUUUCAUCAUCAGAAAGAGGUGAAGCUGAUGGUCCCACAUGUAACAGACCCCCUGUGACUGAAAAAUAUCCUAAUAAUAAUAGUGUAUACGAUGUUGCAGUUGCUGCUGCAGCUGGUUCUUCUUCUAGUGGCGGUCCAGUUUUAAGAGGUUUGCAGCCUUUUGACAUUUCAAACAGAACAACAAACACUUCUAUUUCUGCUCAUCAUACCGCCUUCAGGUCCCCAGGAGGGAUGACGACAUCUUUGGGCUUUCCUUUUACAAAUACACAGUGGAAAGAGCUUGAGAGACAAGCCAUGAUAUACAAGUAUAUGGUUGCAUCUCUCCCUGUGCCUCGUGAUCUCCUCUUCCCAAUUACCAGAGCUCCCUCAGGCCCAACUAUUUCUCAAUCACCCUUGAGUAGCGGUUUCAAUCUUAGGCUAUCAAACAGUACAGAUCCAGAGCCAGGGAGGUGCAAGAGAACAGAUGGAAAGAAAUGGAGGUGUUCAAGAGAUGUGGCGCCUGACCAGAAGUACUGUGAGCGCCAUAUGCAUAGAGGCCGUCCCCGUUCAAGAAAGCAUGUGGAAGUUCAUGCCAACACCACAACCAAGAGGGUUCGCCAUGACAUCAAUCAAGCUCCUCCUACCAUGUCCCCGGCAACUGUGUCAAUUUCUAACACCACAUCCAUCAACAAGAAUGUUUGCCAGACUCAGUUUAUUGGAUCUACUCUUCAACCAUACCAUCAGUCUCCUAUGUUUCUGGAUAGGGACACUGUCAAGGCUGCAACUUUUGAUUCUAUGAACUCUGCUUCAUCAGACAGAGAGCCUAGGAGCUUGGACUGGCUGAUGAUGAAAGGAGAACCUGUUCAAAUGGCCACUUCUGAUCCACAAUGGCAGCAUCUGAUGCAGAGCAAAACAGAGCUAAACUCCAAGAUCCCCUUCUUUGAUGCUAAUUCCUCUAUUUUCGCCCAACGUUCUGAAGACGAGUGUUUCUUGAAUUUGAAUUCGUACACAAAUUUCAACGCCGGUGGAGAGGCUCAACCAGACAACGAGUGCAAUAUGUUUCUCAAUCCAGAUGUGGUUUCUUUAGACAAUCCUCUGUUGGAAGAAACCCCAAGAUGUUUCAUUGACGCGUGGUCCAAAACAGUGAUAGAUGAAGACACCAUGGCCAACUCUGUUAACAACAAAGACAAUAGCUCUGCUCUAUCAAGUGGGCAGCUCUCACCUUCUUCCCUUACACUGUCAAUGGGAGGUUACAACUCCAUCAGGGAGGAAAUGGGUCAGACGCAAAUGAGCUUAGGAAACAAUGGAAAUGGUAUGAAGCCAGGGCUUUCAACAUGGCUCAGCCCUCCUUCAUGGGUUGCUUCGGCACCGGGCGGGCCAUUAGCUGAGGUCCUAAAACCCACGACCAGCGCAGCCUCAAAUCCAUCGUCUCCUAUAACAGCUGCUACUGCCAAUGGAGAAUUGGGUAGCCCAUUGGCGACAACGGUGUCAUCACCAUCUGGGGUUCUUCAGAAGACGUUUGCUUCACUGUCUGAUAGUAGUGGUAAUAGCAGCCCAACCCUUGCAAGUUCAAGGGCUAAGCAGCCAGAGAUUGUUUCUCUCUGGUUGAAUCAGAACAAAGCAUAAUCAAUUUUUCCUUGUUGCACGAAAACCAUGUUCUUUUGGUUUAGUUUGGUAGUUGUUUUGGCUGGUUCUUUGACUACAAAAGAUGAACUGGGGUAGUUUUGUUGUGAUUCUCGAAGUGGGUUUUGAACUCGGUGACAAGAUUUCUCUUAAUUUUCCAAGCUUGCUGUAUUCUGUCGUUUUUAUUGAAGAACCUUUGUUAACCUUUUUGCUUGUGGUAGAUAACUUUAAUAUUUUGCGUA